UAAAAAGAGGGAGGUCUAGAAGAAGACAGGAGAGCAGAAAACGGAAAAACGGGCUGCAACACAUAAUCCUCUUUUUUUCUGUCGGAGGUGAGCGGAGCUGCGUCGUAAAGAGGAGAGGAGGAGCGGAGUGAGGAGAGAGGAGAGAGGAGAGCGGAGCGGAGGAAGUGCGAAGAGAAGGAGAAAGAAAGAAGAACGAAAGGAGUGAGUGAUUGAGGACAGAAGAAGAGGAAGAAGAACGAAGGAGAGACGUGCGUUAGCAGCACCCGCGCACCCACACACUCGCGCACACUCACUUUUACUGGAGUGCUCGCACACACAGACAUACACACACACUCUCUUGCGAAGGGGAUCGGAGUGGACAUGGGUCUAUGCGCCGUGCUGUUGAUCUGUCUCUCCCAGGCGGAGCUGGCCAGAGCCUGGGCACAGGAGCAAACAGGAGCGCUGCAUGGAGGAGUGGCGGGGGCCCCGUAUGGGCUGGACGGGGGCCCGGAGGCACCCGGGGGCCGCAGGGAGAGGAGGCAGAGCAGCCCCAACAGGGCAGGAGUGGACCACAUGGGUGGAGGAGGACUGGCCAUAGACACCUUACCGGAGAACUUGACACGAGUGGUGGAGGACUCUCAGAAGUACUACUCUUGGCAGAGUUUCGGUCCGGCUGACAGGAGGACGGAGGAGCUGUGGACGGACCUGAAUGCCAUUCAGCAGAGCCAAGUGCGCGUGCACGGGAUCCUCUCCAACACCCACCGGCAGGCAGCUCGUGUGGCGUUAUCCUUUGACUUCCCCUUCUAUGGACACAGUCUGAGACAAAUCACCAUAGCAACUGGAGGGUUCAUCUUCACGGGGGAGAUCACUCACCGCAUGCUGACGGCCACGCAGUACAUAGCCCCCCUUAUGGCCAACUUCGACCCCAGCUUCUCCAAGAACUCCACCGUGCGCUACAUGGACAACGGUGAGGUGUUUGUGGUGCAGUGGGAUAAGGUGCGUAUCCAAGGUCGCGAGGCCGACGGGCCCUUCACCUUCCAGACCGCCCUUCAUAGCAACGGCACCAUCGUCUUUGGAUACAGAGACGUUCCUCUGCGGGUUGAGCAGAUCAACUCUACAGAGCAUCCAGUGAAGGUGGGCCUGUCUGACGCCUUCAUGGCCCUACCCACCACCGCCCAACCCACAGACUCCAAGCGCAGAACCAUAUACGAGUACCACAGAGUGGAGAUCGACACCACAAAGAUCAUCAACCGCUCUGCCUUCGUGUUCACACUCCUGCCCACCUGUUUGCAGCAUACAUCUUGCAACUUGUGUUUGAACUCCAGACUAACUACAGACUGUGGUUGGUGCAAUACUCUACAGAGGUGUUCAGAUGGCAUCGAUCGCCACAGGCAAGAGUGGUUAGACUACGGAUGCCCAGAGGAGGCCAAAGAUGAGACAUGUGAGGACUACACUCCAGGACUCUCUGACACGACAGUGGUUCCUGAAACGACUGGCAUGCCCGAAAUGACAAGGGUCCCCGAAGCAACCGGGGUCCCGAAUACUUCCACACCUCUGGAGCCUGACUCCACACCUGUGUCCCAUGCCGAACGACCAGUAACAGAGGACAUGCAGACGGGUGGGUCCUCCGGCCAGGAGGAGGCGCCAGAGCACACAGCGAUCAUCGCGGGCGUGGUGGCCGCUCUCGUCCUGCUUGUCUUCCUCACCCUGCUGGCCGUCUACUACAUCAACACACACCCCACAGUCGCACCGCCGUUCUACCUCAUGCAGCGCCGCACCAAUAACUACUGGCCUUCCAUGAAGUUCCGGAACCAGGGCUGCCAUUCCAGCUACGCAGAGGUGGAGCUAGGCCACGAGAAGGAGGGCUUUAUAGAGGCGGAGCAUUGCUGAGGAGGGGCGGAGCAUUGCUGAGGAGAGACGGGGCAUUGCUGAGGAGAGACGGGGGAACGCAGAUG